AUCACUUUGUGACAAAAUCUUCCACUUGAGUGGGAAGACAUCAGUUGUGCAAGAGAAGGGCACUGUACCACAAUGAUCGGAGGACUGGCUGCUUUGAUUCUUCUAAGUACAUUGUCUCAAACCACAGAUGUUCCUCACCAGAUCUCUUUGACUGUGGCUGAACUUGGUAAUAAUUUCACUCUGACAUGUCCACUCACCAGGGACAAAGCCGGGUUGUUUUACUGGUUUAAGUUGAAAUUUGGAUAUAUGGUCCAAACAGUUGCAGCAGGAACCUUUGACAAAAUAACACUUAAAGAACAAUUUGACAAUUCAAAAUUUACAGUCACAAAAGGGGAUGCUCAGUAUUUUCUUAAUAUCACAAAUGUAAGCAAAGAAGAUGAAGCAACAUACUUCUGUCAAGCAGGAUCGGCAUACAAAAUGAAAUUCAUCAGUGGCACACUUUUGGCUGUGAAUGAUCAUAAAAAUCAGCAGAAACCUGUUUACGUUAGACAAAGUCCGGAGACUGAGUCAGUCCAGCCGGGCGGCUCGGUGACUCUCCAGUGUUCACUUCUCUCCAAGAACAAAGAAGACCAGUGUCCAGGUGAACACAGUGUGUACUGGUUCAGAGCUGGAUCAGGAGAAUCCCAUCCAGGUGUUAUUUACACUCACAGGAACAGCAGUGAUGAACAAGAGGAAAGGAGCUGUGUCUACAGUCUGUCCAAAACUAUACACAACUCCUCUGAUACUGGGACUUACUACUGUGCUGUGGUCACAUGUGGAGAGAUCCUGUUUGGUGAAGGAACCAAAGUGGAGACAAGACAAGAACUGUGGCCAUUUGUCAUUGUGCUUGGGACACUCCUGGCUGGCUUCGUGAUUGUGACUGUCGCUCUAAUUAUCUCCAGAAAUCAAAAGCCAGUUUGUAAACAUUGCAAUGGAGAAGUAACUGCUUACAAUCAUGCUGAACAUGACAGAUCAGCUCAGAAUCAACCAAGUAAUGUGGAUGGUGAAGUGACGGCACUGAACUAUGUGGCGCUGGAUUUCACCUCAAGAAAAGCUCAAAGAUGGACGAAUAACAGCGAGUUACCACAGCACUGUGUGUACGCUGGCAUGAGAGACUAAUAUGUACAUUGUCACAUAAUAUAAUGUUCAUGCAGCUGUGAUUCCUGUUGAAUGAAAGGUGAAUGAAAUGAGAUGAUAGAUUUUUGCUGUAAUGUUACUAUUAAUAGCAUUAGUUUAGAGGGAUUAGUUUAGCAUAGAGACAGCACUUGUUUUGUGAUGUUGCCUGGUUGAACCAAGAACAGAUAUUUAUCAUCAUUUUUAUAAUUAUUAUAUUUGUUUUAUUAUUAUUCUUGCAUGUCAGAUUGAUCUAGAAUAAUCAUUCAAAACUGAAUGAAAUAUGAAUGUAAGUAAAAACAUUUACUGCCAUUAAAGAUAAAAAAACAAAAAUAAAA